GUUAUUACUCGACACUUUUCAUUGUGACUAUUUGGAAUUAUUCUUGUUGUCAUUUGUGUAGUGCAAUUUAUGUUACAUUCAGUAAAUUAAAAAUAAAUAAUAUGGGUGUACCAAGCAGCGAAUGCAGUACAGACGUUGAAAUGAAAAACCUUGAUAGCCCUGCUACAAGUCCAGUAGAUCCGGCAGAUCUCAAGAAAGAUGCCGAUUUGUUGAGUAUACAAGAUAUAAGGGAGCAUGCAAGGCAAAUAGACAAAGCAGUAGUUAGUAAAGAACCCAGAUAUUUAUUGAGAGUCCUCAGAUCUCUGCCAAAUACCAGGAAAAAAUUGAAUCCACUCGUUUUGAGAACUCUUGCAACGCAGUUGUAUCCCCCUGGUUCAGAAAGAGAUUCUAUAUUAAAUUAUGUAGAUGAAGUUCCUGCAGUGCCUGGGGAGCCAGAAAUACCUAAAACAAGAUCAGCUGUCAAGUCUCCAGUUCCAGAGAUUGAUGUAUACCUCCAUCUGCUAGUCCUUGUCAAAUUGAUUGAUAGCAAUAAACUAAAUGAGGCUACAGCUUGCACAAAUCAAUUAAUGUCCAAAAUCACUGCUCUAAACAGACGUACAAUUGAUUUAAUUGCUGCAAAAUGUUACUAUUACCAUUCUCGUGUUGCAGAAUUAACAAAUAAACUUGAUAGUAUCAGAGGCUUCUUACAUGCCCGCUUGAGGACUGCUACAUUGAGAAAUGAUUUUGAAGGGCAAGCCGUUAUUAUUAAUUGCUUAUUGAGAAAUUAUUUACAUUACUCUUUAUAUGACCAGGCUGAUAAACUAGUAAGUAAAUCAGUUUUUCCUGAAACUGCUAGCAAUAAUGAAUGGGCUAGAUUUUUAUAUUAUUUAGGCCGCAUCAAGGCUGCUAGAUUAGAGUAUAGUGCUGCACAUAAGCAUCUUGUUCAAGGAAUGAGAAAAGCACCUCAAACUGCGGCAGUGGGUUUCAGACAGACUGCCCAAAAACUUGCUAUUGUCGUUGAAUUACUAUUAGGUGAUAUCCCUGAGCGACAAAUUUUUAGACAAUCUGCAUUACGUAGAUCACUUGCCCCAUAUUUUCAAUUGACACAAGCGGUAAGAAUGGGAAAUUUGCAAAGAUUUGGUGAGGUGUUAGAGAAUUUUGGACCACAAUUUCGACAAGAUCAUACUUUUACACUAAUUUUACGUUUGCGUCACAAUGUCAUUAAAACAGCAAUAAGAUCCAUAGGUCUUUCAUAUUCUAGAAUUUCUCCUCAAGAUAUUGCUAAGAAGUUGGGUUUGGAUUCAGCUGAAGAUGCAGAAUUUAUUGUUGCCAAAGCUAUUCGUGAUGGAGUUAUUGAAGCAACUUUAGAUCCUGAGCAAGGGUUCAUGAGGAGCAAAGAAAGCAGUGAUAUUUACUGCACCAGAGAACCACAGUUGGCUUUCCAUCAGCGAAUAUCAUUCUGUUUAGAUUUGCAUAAUCAAAGUGUGAAAGCAAUGAGAUAUCCUCCGAAAGCAUAUGGAAAAGAAUUGGAGAGCGCUGAAGAACGUAGGGAGAGAGAACAGCAGGAUCUUGAAUUAGCAAAAGAGAUGGCUGAGGAAGAUGAUGAUGCUUUCUAAAUAUAGUGUGUAAAAAAUAAAGAGCGUUUAGCAAAUAGAAAACUUCAAUUUUUUAUGAACAAUGCAUUAUUUCAGUUAAAGUUGUUGGUAUGAUUUGAUAUUUAAGGCAAUAUAAAAUAGUUUAACUCAUAUAAUUUCUUUUGCUAUCAAAGUUGUAAUGUACAAUAAUUUGAUACAUAAAUUUACUAUAAA